AUGCUCGGUUCCGUGCUGAAAAUGGUUUUUGCGCUCACAUUGCUUCCAGUACGAUUAGGAUGCUACGCUCUGCGCACGAUUGUCAAAAGUCGAACACCUCAGCGAAGAGGGGAAGGCGCAGCCGCUGCAGCUGUCAAGGAGGAAACUCAGCCAGAAGACAUCGGAGUCGAAUCGAUGGAAAAAGGAGAUGAUGACGCGCACAUGGGUCAGCGCGAAGCCGAAACCAUUCGGAACAACCAGGAAUAUGUCGACGAACUUGUGAUAGAGAUGGAGGAGGCAGCGCCGUUUGAAGAACCGCAAGUAGAGGAAGUCCAAAUGGAAGAACCGAAAAUGGGAGAAAAUGAAGCGCACGCCGACGAACCUCCAAGGAAUGAGGAAGCGAUGGAAAGACCUCAAGAAGCCCGCUUGCGCAAUGAGGAUUUGUUGUCAGCGCUACAAGUGGAGAAGAAGCAAACCCUACAGGCGAUACACGACUUGAACCUGUUGAUCGACGCCCUGGAAAAGGAAAAAACUUGCGGGCCGCGUAAAUACCACAAAGGCGAGAUUCGUAAGGACACGGAAAAGAACAUGUCAUGCGCAUUCUGUAGCGCUGUCGGAUAUCAUUAUUCCGACUCUUGCCCGGGAAGGGAAAGACGAGAAGUUCUCGAAGCGAGCAACAGAUGCGAAACCUGUCUCGAAUACUGCGCUGGGGGAAGUCUUUGUCGAAAAUUUUACACCAAGUGUUUCCAUUGUCGCGAGACAGGGCAUCAUUCCGCCCUAUGCGAACUACCCGACAGAAAUCAGGAGAUUUUCGAUCAAAUUGAAGAAGCAGAGCUAUCGAAGCAAGAAAACUUCCAGCGCCUUAAGCAAAUCGACAUGGAAAUUCAGGAACUCCGCCAGGACCCAUCUCACUAG